UAUCCUCAACUUGCGAAAAUGGCACUUGAUCUACUGACUUGCCCUGCCAUGUCAUCCGACUGUGAGAGGACGUUCUCAACCACCGGAUGGGCCAUGGGGAUACGCCGUUCAAGACUCAAUGGGGACACAGCUGAAGCCAUGGAGUGCCUCCGAAGCUGGGCAAAA